AUGUCUGAGGUUGAAAUCAACGUAAAGAAUCCUAAACUGCAAAGAACCUUGCAAAGGUUCAAACAAAAAAUAUCUGAAGGGGAUUACUAUGAAGCACAUCAAACUUUGAGAACAAUUGCAAAUAGAAACGUCAGAACAAAAUCUUAUGGAGAUGCUAUCGAAUUACUAUACCAUGCUGCACAAAUACUUUUAAAAUCUAGUCAACCAGCUACAGGUUCAGACUUGACAACAUAUUUGUUGGAAAUUUAUGACGAAGCUGAAAUUCCAGUUGAUUCAAGUUCAAAAUCUAAAAUCAUCCAAUUGAUCUCAUUAUUUACACCAGAUGAACCUACGUUGAAAAAUGUUAGUAUUCAAGCCAUAAAUUGGACAGUCAAAUUUGGUGAAUAUAAAUUUGGUGAUCCUUAUUUACAUGAUGUUAUCGGUGAGAAGUUUUUGCAAAAUGCUUCACUAGCUUAUGAUGCGGAAAGACAUUUAAUAUUGGGUACAUCAGCCAGCUUCCCAUUAUAUUAUAAAUUGAUAUGGACAUGGUAUUUGGAAGAUCCAAACUCCAAAAAUGCUGGUGUUUAUGUUUCUAGAUUGGUAUUGAAUUACCUAUUUAUUGAAAAUAUUAAGUACGCCAAUGAAGCACUCUCCAAGUUCAUUCAAGACUUGAUAUCUACAAAGACUGAAUUCAGUUCAGAAACUUUGAAAGAAUCAGAAAAUGAAGUUUUCAUUUUUGAAGAUCUACCUUUGAUUAAUUUCCUUCAAUUGUUGUUGGUGUCUGUUCAAACUAAAAAUGCACCAUAUUAUCAAAAAUUAAAGAAUAGAUACCAGCAAGAUAUCAACCUAGCAGAAUUAGAUGAUGCUUUUUCCUAUAUCGGAGAGGUUUACUUUGGAAUCCGUGUUCAAAAGAAUAUAAAUCCACUACAAAAUCUGAUGAGCAGUUUCCUUGGAGGUGGGUUUUAA